UCUUUUAAGCUCCUAGGAAUUUUAGAUGUUGAGAACAUUCCCUGUGCACGAGAAUCUAUACUAUAUGGCUCAUUAGGAUCUGUUGUGGCUGGACUUGGACAUUUCUUGGUGACCAGUAGAAUUAGGAGAUCAUGUGACGUUGGAGUGGGAGGAUUUAUGCUGGUGACUUUAGGAUGCUGGUUCCACUGUAGGUAUAAUUUUGCUAAGCAAAGAAUCCAGGAAAGAAUUGCCAGAGAAGGAAUUAAAAAUAAGAUUUUAUAUGAAAGCACCCACCUUGAUCCUGAAAGAAAAACUGCGAGCAGUAACAGCAGCUGAGCAACCUUGAACAUAGAAACUCAGAACUACUCCUUCGUAUCAACCACAAAUGUAUACUGUGUACAAUAAAAAAAGCUCUGAAGUGUGAGUUGUAUUGUCACUUGCAUGAAAACAUUUUCUGGUCUUGGAAGCCAGAGUAUAUGCUUGUACACUGUACCAGUCAUGCCAGAAGAAAAAAAAAAUGAACCUUAUCUAUUGAAUACAAUGAAACGUGCCAGACUGUAGGAGAAAUUUCACCUGAACAUCUAUCCUUCAAUAUGAAGACUGUUUUUCUUUUGAUCACCAUGAAGGCCAGGGUGCAGACUUGUGUAACUACCAGUCAAUUAUGGUUUAUACACAUGAACUAAGUUUUCAGCUGGUAGCCACCUCAGAACUUAGACACUGAUAUUAGUUUAUGGUAUGUCAAUGGUUAAAUGGUCAAUCUAGUAUUCUAACAAGAUGUGGACAGUGUUCUUAUGCUUUCAGGUUUAAUUUACUAAGAGCUCCAGUUUUAUCAUACCGCAAUUAUAUCUUACCGUGAAGAGAAACCUCUUGGUUGGUAACAUUCCAGUAUCUUCUGCUACUUACAAAGUUCAGUUUCACAGGAGCACAACUGGAUAAAAAGAGCCACAAAGCAUUUAGUUUCCUUGACUUGCCUGGAACAAGCCAUUAUACAUACUUCAAUGAGCACUAAUGUUUCUAAAAUCUUGUAUUUUACUUUUACAAUCUUACUGCAAGCAUCCUUGUAUUACAGGUAUGAAUCACUAUGGCACCUUACUUCAACCUACUGUUGUUAUCCCACCCAAACAAUGACAGCUGUGCCUCACGGACACCAGAAUGUCCAUGAUUGCCAGAAACCUUUACUAACUUUGUUUUCCUUACAAGUCUCCUUUCAGCCUAUGUACCACACCACACCUAGGUUUCCCAAAAGGUCAGGCAUAAUUGAGUUCUAUUGCUAUGUAUUUACUAGGUAAGGUCCAAGACACCAUGUCCAUCCCAGCCCUAACUUUUACAUUGCCAAUUUUAAACUCAACCUACCUUCAAUGCCCUCUGUGCAUACUGCUUCCUUCAUUGUUCCGAUAAUCCCGAAAUUUCAUACUAGGUGAUAUAGCAGUAGGUACCAGCUAAAUAGCUGAUUAAAAUAGAAUUAUAGUGUUAGUAGUUUUGAAGUUUUUUUCGUAAUUUAUCUACCAAUCCUAGGCUGUAUUCCUUUGCCCCCUCCCUCAACCCCUCCCUCUGAUUCCUUGCUUUUCCAUCUUAGUAAAAGGACCUCGGGAGAUUUAAUAGAACAGCUUUUUUUCUGGACUUGUGACUUAGUGACUGAAUUUGGAAACAAUAAAUCUCAACUAUGCUAAAACCA